AUGGUUCAGACGUCAACUGUGGUGACGGCCACCGUCGCCACCGCCGCCACUGCUCUCGUCGCUUAUGCCCUGUACUUUGACUUCCGGCGCCGGAGCCACGCCGAGUUCCGUCGCGACCUGAGGAGAAACGAGCGCCGCCAGGUCCGCGCCGAGAAGGACGAGGCCGAGGCCUCGACGCGCCGGCAACGGGAGGCCAUCAAGGCCCGCGUCGACGAAGCAAAGGAGGAGGGUUUCCCCGCUGGCGUCGAGGAGCGCGAAGUCUACUUCAACGAGCAGGUCAUGUCUGGAGAGCUGCUCAGCUCGGAUCCUGCCAAAACUGUUGAGUCUGCUCUCGCUUUCUACAAGGGGCUGAAGGUGUAUCCUGCCCCUGGCGACUUGAUCAAGAUUUACGACAGCACCGUCCCCAAGCCUGUAUUAGACGUUCUCGCCCUGAUGAUAGCCUACGACUCAAGCCUCGACAUCCGCUCCCGCCCAUCCGGUCAUGCUGGCAUUAACCUUGCCGAUAUCCCCAACGUCGGUCUUGACUAA